AUGUCUCCAGGCGCCCGGGCCCAGCAGGCCUUCAGGUCUGAGCCCAGGAACGUUACUGUGCGAAUGGGAGCCACAGCUGUGUUGAGGUGUGAGGUUCUGCGGGCCUCAGGGACUGUGCAGUGGGCAAAAGAUGGCCUCCUCCUGGGACCGGAGAGAAGCCUGCCAGGCUUUCCACGCUACAGCAUGAUUGGAAAUCCCCAGAGAGGGCAGUAUCAUCUUCAGAUUGAAAAUGCCCAACUGGAAGAUGACACCCUCUAUGAAUGUCAAGCGGGCCCGUCUGAGAGCAGCGCGGCAAUCGUUUCCAACGCCGCCUGGGUCACCAUGCUAAUUCCUCCAUCCAAGCCGUACUUCGAGACGGACCUGGCGACACCUUGGGUGGCAGGGAAAAAGUACAGCGUCAUGUGUGUGGCCCCAGACGCGAAGCCCGUGGCUGAAAUCACACUUUACAAAGAUGGAGUCGAGCUGACAGGUGCAGAGUCUUUCACCAUGUCUGGCUCAAAGGAUAAGCUUCUGAACACGCACGCCGAAGUAACGGUCGUCGCUCUGAGCUCCGACAACGGGAGGCAGUUGGCGUGUCGUGCCAAGAACCCCGCCCUUUACCAGCCUGUAGAGACCAGAGUGACCAUGAGCGUGUACUUCCCACCUCUGCCUCCAGUUAUUGUGGGUCUGGAGAGAGAGGAAGUCAAAGCGGGGAGGAUGCUCGUGUUGCAGUGCGUGUCUCAUAGUGGAAACCCCCUAGCCACUCUCCACUGGACCAAGAAUGGAGACGUUCUGUCCACAACUUGGGAAGAGGAUGAUGCGGCGCAGAAGUCCAGCAGCAUCCUCAAACUAAAGAUCACCCCUGCUGACAACCAGGCAGAGCUGUGCUGUGAAAGCAUCAAUCUAGUGUCCCUAUCUCCUCUGUCUGUCAGCCGCAAAAUAACUGUGCUCUUCGAGCCGGAAGAGCUGACACUGUCGGGUUCGUUAGCGGCCAUCGAGGGGCAGGAGUUGAGUGUGAGCUGCUACGCCUCCUCCAGCAAUCCCCCCGUCGACAUCCGCUGGUGGCUGGGCUACAAGGAGCUCAACGGCACUGUUGUCGCAAUGGAAGAGGGAGCCAAUGGUGGGAUGACAACCAUGUCCAACAUGACCCAUCGGGUCUCCCGGGAGGAGGACGGGUUGAAACUCACCUGUGAGGCUUUUAACAAGGGGACACACUUCUCCAAAACCCAAAUCUCUCAACUUAGUGUGUACUAUCCCCCUCAGAAAGUAUGGCUUGACGCGCCGCCUCAAGAUGUCCCCCUUCGUUCAGGAACCACAGUGCGUCUGGUUUGUUUCUCCACUGGAGGGAAUCCCACCGGGACUCUGACGUGGUUCAAGAAUGGAAGGGCAGUGCCUGACGCGUCGAAGCAGACGUCCUUCGAUAUGGGUGUAGCUCGAGAGCUGGUGCUGGUCCUGACGGCGAGCGACAACGUGGCAACCUACCGCUGCGAUUCCACAAAUAAGGCAAAAAAGACCAUCUCCGCACACACUAAGCUUAUGGUUCACUUUACAGCAGUCAGCAUGAAGAUCACAGCUAAACAGGAGGUGCUUCGGCGGGGUGAAGUGCUAACCCUGGACUGUCUGUCUGGAAGCAGCAACCCCAAGGCCAGCAUCUCCUGGAGCAUGGGCCCACUCAGGUUCCAGGGAGUCGAGCAGGCACCCAGGAGGGCUCAGUUUGGUGGCGUUUCAGUGAUCAGCUCUCUAUCCCUGAAUCUGAGCUCACAGCAUCACAACCAGAAGGUCAUUUGCCAGGCCUACAGCCCUGUGUUGGCAGAGGGGGCCAACACAUUCUUCCAGCUCAAUGUGCUUUACCCACCAGAGUUCAGCCCAGAUCAGCCGGCAGAGGUCCAGGUGGUGGAGGAUGACAUGGCAACCAUCCCGCUGCUGGUCUCAGCUAACCCAGAAGAGGUCUCCUGCAUUUGGCUGCACCGCAGGGAGAAGCUGGUCAAAGAGGGGGAUUUGCGGUACCACUGGUCAGACGACUACUCGCUGGAGAUCAAGAACGUGACGAGGAAAGAUGCCGGGGUUUACACUGUCGAGUGUGCAAAUGAAGAAGGCGUCAAGCAGACCUCCAUCAAACUGGACGUUCAGUACGCUCCCAGUGUCAAAGCAGAGAAAGAUCCCGUGUUGGUGAACCUGGGGGAAACCGCGGACCUGAUAUGCGUGGCUGAUGCCAACCCCAUUUUAUUUGGCAUGUUCUCCUGGAAGUGGCUGGGAGAAGGGGAGGUGGAGCUGGAAGAGGAGACCCAGGAAGAUGAAUCAGGCCUUCUGACCAUCCGUGAUGUGACUCGGGCUCACGCUGGUCUUUACCGGUGCACAGCGAAUAAUGGCAUCGCGCUCCCUGCCAGUGUGGAUGUGCGGCUGGUGGUGCAGUUUAAACCUCAGCUUCAGAAAGGACCGCAAUGGAGGAAGGUCGGAAGCAGAGGGGAUGGCACUGCUACAGCCGAGGUCGUGUGCCAGGCAGAGGGCAUUCCUCGUGUCGACUUCUCUUGGGAAAAAAACGGUGUGCGCUUGGAUUUUGCAAGCCCCAGGUAUGAGGAGCGGACGGUGAGGGAGGGCUCCUUCCACACCAGCACAGUUCGAGUGGUAAAUGUGAGCGCAGCCCUGGACUACGCUGUCUUCAGCUGCACAGCUCGCAACUCACUUGGGGAAGACAAGCUCGACAUCCAGCUCGUCAGCACAAAUCACCCAGAUCCUCCUUCAUCGUUUCGCCAAGUCGGCGUCACCCACGACUCUGUCACGCUGGAGUGGAUCCCCGGCUUCGAUGGGGGUUUGCGGCAAAGAUUCCGCAUGAGGUACCGUUGGGCUCAGUCAAUCAGUUCGCUGUACAUGGAUGUCUUUCCUCCCAGUGCAACUUCAUUCACUGUUACUGGUCUGCAGCCUGUCACCACCUACAACUUCUCCGUCAACGCCCUCAAUGCAAUCGGAGAGAGUGGCUAUGCUGACAACAAUGCAGUACUGACCAUCACCACCAAGGAGAGGCCAGAGCCAGAAGAAGUCCCAUCAGAUGAAGACUCAGUCUCACAGAGUGCAAGCGGGCUGCCGGCCUAUCUCGCCGCAGUGCUCACAGCGGUGCUCGGAGUCCUGCUGGUGUCGAAUUCGCUGGGCUGUUACUUCGGACUGAGGUGGAAAAAGAGGCGAGGCCUGACAGCAGGGGGUAGAGAGGGCAGUGUAUUGGAUGGAAAGAAGAAUGAAGAGGAGGGGUCAAGUCAAUCAACUGUAAGAAACUCCAAUAAGUAUGAGAGCAGAGAAAAGAUCAACACUGCAGCCCAGCGCACCCUCCUCAUUGACUCUGGAUCCGAAACAGACAGCAAUGCCUACGAGAGCUAUGCGGCGGAACGUUCCCAUUAUUAUUAUCCCACUGGUGAAUACAUGCCGCCUCUCAGUCCUCACCGUGAGGAAACACGUGGGCUCGACGUCACCCGCCUCCCUGUGGACUCUCAAAGCCACGUGUAUGAAGAUGUAAGAGAUGUUGGUUUGUACCGGGACAUACCGGCUUUUCUGCCUCAACAAAGGAACGACUGGCCAACCUCCCCUCAGGGCACCGAGAGACUGAAGCACUUCAUGGAUGUUCAACAGCUGCAGAGAGAUUCUGAUCUUCCUUUUGAACUACGAGGAGAGUUGGUUUAGAACGAGAGAGAUAAGGUUAAACGCAUAAACUAUGACUCAGAAGCCGUCAUUAAGGAGAGGCUUGUGUAGCAGAUAUUCGUUUUUUUUGUUUUUUUUCUCUCUUAAUUCUUUUUGUACGGUAUCUCUCAAGUCACCUUGCAUGAACCUGUCAAGAGCAGGAACGCUUGAUGUAAAAUGCCAUAUAAAGCAGCA